AGAGCUGUCAGAAAAUAUGAUAUGGAGUACGAAAAUGUUUAUGAUUCAAUCUGAAUUUUGCACAGAGAAUUGCCAGAUUGAAGUUGUGGGUCUCUGUUCUCUGGCGCACACGUGUAUGAAGUGAGUGUUGAUUAGGGAAGAGAAAAACGAAGAAUAAAGCAUGAUUAUGGAUUAUUACCAAAAGAAAAGAAAAAGAUAAUUUUGGGGAGCAUUGAUUCAUGAACCAUGAUGUUGCUUGCACACACAGAUUCAGUAGUCACUCACUAGCUCUCAAACGAUAACAAAGUGUCACUAAUAAGCAAAACAAAACACGGAUUCCAUUCUGAGAGAUCAACCAUGAAGAACGACCACGACGACAACAACAAGAACAAAGCCGAACGCAGCAAAGACACUGCUGUGGGAAUCCUAGAUUCCCGAUUCAACCAGACCCUCAGAAAUGUUCAAGGGUUACUCAAGGGUCGUAACAUUCCUGGUAAAAUAUUAUUGAGCCAGAGGGUUAGUUCUCCAGAUUACUCAAGCUUACCCUCACCAACUUAUACAAGGAGCCCCUCAUACAGUGAUACUAGAACAAGUGGCCACAUAUCUGAGAGAAUAGAGAAGGAAGCUCAGAGUACAAGGAAACCAUUUGGUACUCCCAAUGAGAAUAAGUUGAAAGUAUCAGCAUCCAAUGUAGAGAGCCCGUCUGAAGAAGUACAUAAAUCUUCAUUGGGUGCUAGAGCUACAGAUUCUGCUAGGGUAUUGAAAUUCAGUAAGGUGCUUUCUGGGACGAUGGUUGUAUUAGAGAAAUUGCGUGAAUUAUCUUGGAGUGGUGUUCCAGAUUACAUGCGUCCUACAGUGUGGAGACUUCUCUUGGGAUAUGCACCAACUAAUUCAGAUAGAAGGGAAGGAGUUUUGAGAAGAAAGCGUCUUGAGUAUCUUGACUAUGUUUCUCAGUAUUAUGAUAUUCCUGAUGCAGAACGCUCGGAUGAUGAGAUCAAUAUGCUUCGCCAGAUUGCUGUUGAUUGUCCGAGAACUGUACCUGAAGUGUCAUUCUUUCAGCAAGAGCAAGUUCAAAAAUCAUUGGAGCGUAUUCUUUACACAUGGGCCAUCCGGCAUCCUGCAAGUGGAUAUGUUCAGGGGAUAAAUGAUCUUGUUACGCCAUUUUUAGUUGUUUUCCUAUCAGAAUACCUAGAAGGGGCCAUAGAUAAUUGGUCAAUGUCUAGUUUAUCUUCGGAUCAAAUCUCUAAUGUAGAGGCCGACUGCUAUUGGUGUUUGUCAAAGUUGCUUGACGGCAUGCAAGACCAUUAUACAUUUGCUCAACCAGGAAUUCAAAGGCUUGUUUUUAAGUUGAAGGAAUUGGUCAGGAGGAUUGACGAUCCUGUUUCAAGCCAUAUGGAGGAGCAAGGACUGGAAUUUCUUCAAUUUGCUUUCCGCUGGUUCAACUGUCUUCUAAUUCGAGAGGUACCCUUCCAUUUGGUCACACGUCUUUGGGACACGUAUCUAGCUGAAGGAGAUGCCUUACCAGACUUCCUUGUGUAUAUAUUUGCCAGUUUUCUUCUAACGUGGUCAGAUCAGCUCCAGAGGUUUGAUUUCCAAGAAUUGGUAAUGUUUCUUCAACACCUUCCAACUAAGAAUUGGACGCACCAGGAGCUCGAGAUGGUACUUUCUCGUGCGUUUAUGUGGCACAGCAUGUUCAACAGUUGUCCGAGUCAUUUAGCUAACUGAACAAGGAAGUAGUUGUGAUUUUUCUGUAUUUAGUCACUCAGUUUUCUGGUUCUUUCCUUACUUUACAUCCCAUCUUUUUCCCCUUUAGUGUGAGAUGAACUAAUUCUUUUAACCAAUCUUUACCUGUAUUUUGCCUUGUAAUAUCUUGUAAAGGAGAGACAAAAAUAAUGAGAGAGAGGCUUUUUAUUGUAUUAAUUUUUUUAUAUAUA